CCGCCUCCCGCGAGCCGGCCGUUGCUGGGCAUGCUCGCUGGGGGCCCCGCGCCGGCAUGGCGGGCGUCUUCGCAGGGGUGACUCUAAUUCUCGGCUUUCGGUUGUAGCCGGCCAGCGCUCAUUUCUCUUCGGAAACCUCUCGGCGCCUGGCGGAGCCGGAAAGGAAGGGCGGGGGCGGGGGCGAAGGUUGAGCGGGGACUGCGGGCUUCCGCGCCGGCUGCAGGCGGGAGGAAGAUGGCUGAGGGCGAGCGGCAGCCGCCGCCAGGGUCUUCAGAGGAUACCCCUCCAGCCACUCAAAACUUCAUCAUUCCAAAAAAGGAGAUCCACACGGUUCCAUACAUGGGCAAAUGGAAGCGCUCUCAGGCAUAUGCUGACUACAUCGGAUUCAUCCUCACCCUCAAUGAAGGUGUGAAGGGGAAGAGGCUGACCGUUGAGUACAGAGUCUCUGAGGCCAUUGAGAAACUGGUCGCUCUUCUCAACACUCUGGACAGGUGGAUCGAUGAGACCCCUCCAGUGGACCAGCCCUCUCGAUUCGGGAACAAGGCUUACCGGACCUGGUAUGCCAAACUUGAUGAGGAAGCAGAAAACUUGGUGGCCACAGUGGUCCCCAGCCAUCUGGCAGCUGCUGUGCCUGAGGUGGCUGUCUACCUAAAGGAGUCCGUGGGCAACUCCACACGCAUCGACUACGGCACAGGACAUGAGGCAGCAUUUGCUGCCUUCCUCUGCUGUCUCUGCAAGGUUGGGGUGUUGCGGGUGGAUGAUCAGAUUGCUAUCGUCUUCAAGGUGUUCAAUCGGUACCUUGAGGUCAUGCGGAAACUCCAGAAAACAUACAGGAUGGAGCCAGCCGGCAGCCAGGGAGUGUGGGGCCUGGAUGACUUCCAGUUUCUGCCCUUUAUCUGGGGCAGUUCGCAGCUGAUAGACCACCCAUAUCUGGAGCCCAGGCACUUUGUCGACGAGAAGGCUGUGAAUGAGAACCACAAGGACUACAUGUUCCUGGAGUGCAUCCUGUUUAUCACCGAGAUGAAGACGGGCCCCUUCGCAGAGCACUCCAACCAGCUGUGGAACAUCAGUGCCGUCCCCUCCUGGGCCAAGGUGAACCAGGGUCUCAUCCGCAUGUAUAAGGCCGAGUGCCUGGAGAAGUUCCCUGUGAUCCAGCACUUCAAGUUUGGGAGUCUGCUGCCCAUCCAUCCUGUCACAUCCUGCUAGGAGGGGCUGAGCAGCAGAGCCAUCCAGGCUGCAGUUCCUGUGCCUGCCCCCCCACCCACCAGCUCCACUCCUCCCCACCCCCUCCCUUUUUUUUUUUCUGUUUGAUGAGAGGCUGUUUACUGGGGUGGGUGGUGAGCUUGGGGUUGAGAGAGGCUCAGGGCAUAAAGCUGAAGGACUCAGGUUGGGAGAAGUGACCAAAGUGUGGCCAGUUUCCUGACUUCCCUGUGGUGGACGGGCAAGAAGAGAAGGGCUGGGGUGGGGUCCCCACGCCCACUCCCACGCCUGGCCUCCUCUCUUCCCUUUGCUCCUGUUCGGCCCCUUUUGAGACCUGAGCUGGUGCGCACGACUGUGGGGAGGGGAGGUGUUUUGCUGUUGUCAUUGCUUUCCCUUCCUGUGUUCCAGGCCUUUGUAGGGGUUGGAGCGGUCACUCCCUGCACGGUGGGUCCACUGGCCAAGCCACGCUUCAGUGGGUGGGUGUCUGGGUGUUCUGAAGACUGGAGGCCGAGGCUGGUGGCCAGCCUGGGGUGAGGUCAGGGCGGGGGAAGCAUCGGCUCCUCCGGCCGGUGACCUCCCAGCCCUUCUCCAGGCCCCCUGGGCCUGUGGGCACCGUGUCCCGCAUCUCUGCCUGCUUCUCUGUCCUCUGGCCCUUGGCGUGGCUGGGUUUCCCGCUCAGAGCCACUCCCCACUCUGGAAGCUGCCCUCUGGGUAGGUGCUGAGGUCAUGGGAGGGCCCCAGCAGGGCUUGCCCGCCAGCUGACUAGGUGAGGCCUGCCUUUUCCAAAGCUUUCCUUGGGUCGGGGUGGGGGGUGGCAGAAAUUCGCGAGGAGCUUGGGGCUAGUUGCUGUGGAGAAGCCGGAUUCUUCUUGGCAGUCCUGCGUCAGCUGCUCCGCUCUCUCCUCGCUGCUGCUUGCUCCUCCCGGGCCCCUGAGCCCUGCUUCCCUGCCCCUCUGGGCGGUGGGUGAGUGGGCCGCAGGAGGGCUCGGAAAGCAGCAGCCACUCUUGCCCUGCCACCUUGCAGACCCGCCUGUUGGCAUGCUGGCACGGGGUAGCAGCGGCCACCUCUGAGGAUGGGCAGAGGCAGGUUGGGCAGGCCUGCCUGAGGGGUGAGGAGUUGCUGGCAUGCCGGUUCCCAGGGCUGCUCCUGGGUCUUGCUCUGUCCAGGCCUGCCCUUCUCUGCUACCCCUGCCCCGUGUCUGGGUCCACACACCCUUUGGGAAGGGGGAGCUCCCAAGAAGCACAACUCAGGGCCUUGAUCCUUGGAUCUGGGCCAGUGGCAAUGGGCAGAGGCUGGGACAAGAGCCACAAGAGUCACAAAGGAGUUUUCCCAGGGGAGGCCCAGGGCCUGCCUCCGUUCCAAGGUCCGGACCACCACCAUCCUGGCACACCCUGCCCUGUCCCCUCUUGUGCCCCCAUAUCCUUGCUCCUUCAUUGCUGUCAUAUUAAAGCCUCUGUUGUGCACCUGU